GUGUUGAUGUUGUCCGGUCAAGCCGCUACGUGGUUGUACCGUUGUACGUUCCGCAGAAAGUGAGUUGUACUCUAUUGCUGCCGCGUUCAAUAUUUACUGAUCACUCAUCACUACUCUCGUAUGUUUUCUCACGUAAACCACUCGUCGUUAAACCUCUGAUGUACUUUAAUUGAAGCUAAAAGACUGUUGCAAACACCGAAUCAAUCAUAAUGGGUUGUAAGUAUUAUUUUCAAGUAUUUCAUUUUUCGUUACCUAACUUUAUUUUCAUUCAGUUUUCUUAAGACAUACUCUUGAGGAACUCUAAUGCUAGCGGAUACCUGUUGACCAUGUUUAUCUGGUUGCCAUUAAUUCAUCUUGUAUCAGUCAUUUCUUAAUUAUAUAUUUAGUUUAGGAUUUCUAUUUCUAUUUAUGAUUUCGAAAAUGGUUCCUUUUCAUUUCUUUUUUGAUUUAAAAGUGGGUCAUACUUUGAUAGUUUAAAAUCGUUAUUCUGUUAAUUCAUGUACAGACCAUUUUUAAAUAUUGAAAUUUUUGUUUGUUAUUUGUUUUAAAAUUCGUUCACAUCAUUUGAAUUAAUUUUAAAACAUAAUUUAUUGGUUAGGUAUCUAAAUAAACAAUGUUAAAUAGUAUUUACAGAACACCAGUAUAGGUAGUAUACUGUUAUUACCUACACCAAUGUUCUACAAAUUAAAUCUGCUAAUGUUAAAUAAUAUAGGUUUGUUUUAGUUAAAUUGUAACAUGGUUGAUGAAAGUAUUUAUUGUAAUUUGUGUUUAUAUCGUAUAGUUUUUGUAUUUUAUUAUUUAAUUUCUCCUAGGUAUCUAUAUUGUUUCAUAAUUUGUUUUCAAACUUUACAUUGAAACCUUUAAUGUGCUACUAAUAAAUAUAUUUUAUGAAAUAUUUAGAUAUUAUAUUCAUAUGCCAUAAUCUUAAUUUUAUUGUCUUCAUUUAAGAUUUAAAAAUUUCUAAAAAAAUUGAUGUAUUUUUAGAUUCUGAGCAUAUUAUGAAAUGUGUGUUUUUAUUUUUUAUAUUUGUUCACAAAUUUUCUUUUGAGUUUUCAACCAAAAAUCAUGCUCCAAUUAAAACCAAGAUUCCUUUUUUGUUUGUAUUUUUAGAUCUAGUUGUUAUAAUUUUUAUUUUCCUUCUAGAAAAGCUGACAAAUUUUUGGUAAAAAGUUUUAUUAUUUUCGAUUUUGUUUGUCUACAAGAAAUCUUGCUUUGAAUUUGAUGCGUAGAAUCUUAUCUGAAAGAAAAUUUUAUCUCCUUAUUGAAUAAGUAGGUCGGUUUUUUGAUUUUCAAUGUAGUUAUCUAUUUAAAUUCUAUAAUUUUAAAGUAUUUAUAACUGAAUUUCCAGUGAAUUUGAAUCAAGUCCAUAAAUAAUAUUUUGUCAGAGUUGCAUCUGCGAUUUUCUCACAACACAUACGAGUUGAGUCCAAAAUUUUAUCACAUCAUCUGAGUUGUGUCCGCAUUAAUAACUGUAUGAACAUAUUUUCCUUCCCACUUUUAUAGACUGAGGACUGUUAUUUAUAUAAAUAAUAUGGUUAAAAAUAUAUAUAUUAGGUACCUAUUAUACAUUAUAUAAAAAUUUUAAUUUAUUAAUUUUAAAAAUAUUAUGUUUUACUGUUGUGAAUAUUGUUGUAUACAGAUAAUAUGCCAAUUAUUAUUAUUUUUAUUUUAUAAAACGGGUUAAAUUGUAUACGCUCAUUUUUGAACGAAUUCAAGAUGUAAUAUAUUUUUGUUAAAUUUGAAUUUUGAAUUUUAAUAUGAAUAUCAGUUUAAACUUUUUUGACAUGAACAACAUGAACAAAAUUUAUUUUGAACAAUAAAUUGUAAGGUUAUAUUCAGCCUAUUAUAAUAAGGUAUCAAUAAUCAACAGAUAACUAUUGAAGAGUUUAUCAUCAAACAUAUAGAAAUAGAAUUACAAUUGUUCUUGCGUACGCAACUCUGAACAGUCUCGAAUAACUGUUGUCACAACAUAUAUUUUCGUUUUUUAUCAUAACGUUACAUAUGCAGCACAAAUUUAGCUUAAAAUUGUUUUUUGCUUGUAAUGGUUUAUUAUUUUUAAUUUUAAAUAUUACAUUUAUAAUAAAUUGUCAACAAAGAUGUGUGUUAGGAUAGCUUAAACGAAUAAUAAUUAUUAUUCCUACCUAUAUUUGUAAAAUAUAAAUUAUUUUAUUAAGUUAUUGUAGAUAGGUCAGUUAAAUUUUCUAUUCAAUUAUUUAAAUUUUGGAUAGUUUAUUAAAAGUCUCCACAUGUUAAAAUGAGUUAAUAUUAAAAAUUAACAACUAAUUAUAGUAUAAUUUUAUUUAUGUACCUGUAUAUUUUUGUUCCAGUUAAAUUUUUAGAAGUAAUUAAACCUUUCUGCAGUAUAUUGCCAGAAAUUGCCAAACCUGAAAGAAAAGUAAGCAUUUGACACAGGUUAACACUGAACUGUGUAUAAUAAUUAUAAAAAUGUAAUAUUGUAUAAUUGUUUAUUAUUUUAAUUUUGUUUAGAUCCAAUUCAGAGAAAAAGUAUUAUGGACUGCCAUCACUUUAUUCAUUUUUUUGGUUUGUUGUCAAGUAAGUUAUCUGAUUUUAUUAUAUAUAAUAUAUAAAUUGCUAACAAUAUUGAAUUUUUAGAUACCUUUAUUUGGAAUUAUGAGUUCAGACUCUGCAGAUCCUUUUUAUUGGAUCCGUGUAAUUUUAGCCUCAAACCGGGGUACUUUAAUGGAACUCGGAAUAUCGCCUAUUGUAACUUCUGGUUUGAUCAUGCAAUUGUUAGCCGGAGCCAAAAUCAUUGAAGUUGGUGACACACCUAAAGACCGUGCAUUGUUUAAUGGAGCUCAAAAAUGUAUAAUAUAAUAUUUUAUGUAAACACAAUUUUCUAAAUAAUUUAAUAAAUAUUUUAAUUUACAGUGUUCGGUAUGGUCAUUACUGUAGGCCAAGCAAUUGUUUACGUUAUGACUGGUAUGUAUGGUGAUCCUAGCGAAAUAGGAGCUGGUGUAUGCUUGUUAAUCAUCAUUCAGUUGUUUGUGGCUGGAUUGAUUGUAUUAUUGUUGGACGAACUUCUGCAAAAAGGAUAUGGAUUAGGUUCAGGAAUAUCACUUUUUAUCGCUACUAACAUUUGUGAAACCAUAGUUUGGAAGGCUUUUAGCCCUACCACUGUAAAUACAGGUAAAUUAUGAAAUAAUUAUAAUUUUUAUUUUACAAUAUAUUUCGUUAUUUUCAUGUUUUCAUACACAAAUUAUUACAUUUAGAGAAUAAUAAAUAUUUUUUGUAGGUAGAGGAACUGAAUUUGAAGGAGCCGUUAUAGCCCUAUUUCAUUUAUUGGCUACAAGACAAGACAAAGUCCGAGCACUUCGUGAAGCUUUCUACAGGCAAAAUUUACCAAACUUGAUGAAUUUGUUAGCCACUGUUUUAGUGUUUGCCAUAGUAAUUUAUUUCCAAGUAAGAAUUUUUAAUCUGAACAAUGUAAAUUAAAUAAUUCUAUAUCUACUUAAAAAUAUUUUAGGGUUUCCGAGUCGAUCUUCCCAUCAAGUCGGCCAGGUAUCGUGGUCAAUAUAGUAGCUACCCAAUUAAGUUAUUCUAUACAUCAAACAUUCCUAUUAUUUUACAGUCUGCUUUGGUAUCAAAUUUAUAUGUUAUAUCACAGGUAUAAUUAUUAUAUUUAUGUUAACUAUUUUUGCUAAUUCUUAAUAUUAUACAUUUGUAGAUGUUGGCUGUUAAAUUCAGUGGUAACAUUUUAGUGAAUCUAUUGGGUGUUUGGGCUGAUGUUGGUGGCGGUGGACCAGCUCGAGCAUAUCCAGUGGGUGGUUUGUGUUACUAUCUGUCACCACCAGAGAAUCUAUCUCACAUCGCAGAAGAUCCUAUUCAUGCUAUUCUUUAUAUUGUAUUCAUGUUGGGAUCGUGCGCAUUCUUCUCCAAAACUUGGAUUGAAGUUUCUGGAUCAUCCGCCAAAGACGUUAGUAUAUAAUUUAUAUUAAUUGACUUAGGUAAUUAAAAAGUAAUAAUUAUUCAGAACUAAUGAUAUGUUUCUGCUACAGGUUGCAAAACAAUUAAAAGAACAACAGAUGGUAAUGCGUGGCCACAGAGACAACUCUAUGAUCCACGAGCUAAACCGUUACAUACCCACUGCAGCAGCUUUUGGAGGUCUUUGUAUCGGUGCGCUAUCUGUGCUAGCUGAUUUUAUGGGUGCUAUUGGGUCAGGUACUGGUAUCCUGUUGGCUGUCACUAUCAUAUACCAGUAUUUUGAAAUAUUUGUUAAGGAACAGAGUGAAAUGGGUGGUAUGAGCACUCUAUUAUUCUGAAAUGUUAAAAAUCGAUUGAACAGUUUGUACAAAUUGUUGAAAAUCACCGAAUCCCUCUGGGAGAGGACUGUUGUCGUGGUCUAUAUGUGACUCAAAUUUAAAUUAUACUGAAAAUAACUUUAUUUUUAGAACCAAAAAUUAACUGAUUAAUCGACUUUCGGCUUUUCAAAAUGAUGAUAUUUUACAAAAUGUUAUAAAAAAAAAAAAUGUCCCCAACAACAAAUUUAUAUAUUUAUUUUUGUUAUUUUAUUAUUAUUAUUUUUUCUUUUGUAAAUUAUAUAAACGUUAGAAAAUAGGAAAUUUAUAAUGUAUGAACAUUUUUAUUUUUUUUUUUCAUAAAACUUAAAUAAUAUAAAUAUAAUGUUGCAAUUGGCAACAAUUCUUCCUAAUUUUUUUAAUGUAAAUACUUACAAUAAGUUUAUAGCAGUAAAAUUAAGUAUAUUUUUUGAGUCAAACGAUUAAUGCAAUUUUUUUUUUUUGUUGAACAUCUCAACACUUAUUUUGUCACUUCAGUUACUUACGACUGCUGAAUAUAAUAUGUAAAUUAAUAAAACAUCAAAAAAAAGUCAUAAAGUUCAUAUAUUUAUCAUCGUUCUUUUCUACAUUGUUAGAAAAAUGAAUUGAUAUGAUAAAAUAUAUAUUUGCCAGAAUUGGUAAUUGAAGUGCAUUUCAAACAUAUCUAUUGUUACGAAAAUUUGUUAAUACUAGAUUGUUUAUGUGAAUAAGACCGUCAUUUUAAAAUUAAAAAGGCGUGAUGAUAAGGGUUUCUUAUAUUUUCAUUAAGUAUUUUUACGUACAUUUGAAUAAAAAAAUAUUGUUUUUGAUAUAAAUUCACAUUUGUUUUAUUCAUGAUGGUGAU